UUCAAAUUGGCUUGAGCCGCUUGAUUUUACUACCACAAUCCUCGAUUUUGUACUUCGACUCUUCUGAGUGUCAGAGGUGCGAAGCGCGGGAAAUUUGAACUUCACACCUCUACGCAAGAAAGAGUGAGUGAGAGACUAUGGACGAUUCAGGUGCGAUUCUCUGUCAGAUCUCUCAGCUCAAGGAUAUGCUUGACAAGGUGAACGAGGAAAUCGAGGCGAACAUUCAGAUCACCAGAGAAAUCGAAUCGGAGAUCGUCAAGUGUACGGAAACCGAGGUCGCCUUGCUGGCUCGACAGUCGGAGCUGAUGAAAACAGCGUACACACUACAGUUCGAAAUCAGCGGCUUGAUGGCAGCCACUGCUGAUUCAGCAACAUCAUGUAAAUCCUUGGAGGAAGAGUUACAUUGUCUAGAAAGGAAGAGGGAUGAGAUACUGACUCGAAUGAACAACAAACGGGAAGGAUUCCUGAGAUCUUGCUUGGAUUUUCAAAAUAAUAUUGGUAAAAAAGGUAAUGAUGAAGUUGCAGCUUUGCUAGUGGAGAAAGAGCUUCUAGAAAAUGAAGUUCAUUCCUUAAACAACAGAAAUACUGUUCUACAGAACUCAACAGCUGCAUUUGUGGAAGAGGUUCUUGAAGAUCUUCAUAAUUCUAUCUAUGGUAAAAAUCCUUCUUUUGGCCAUGACUGUAUCCUAUUGUGAUUAAGCUCCUAUGUUUUUGAGCAUAUUCUGAAUGUACCAUGGACAAUGUGGAUAAGCUCAAUAACUUAGCUAUAGAUUAGUGUAAGGUUAAAUGUAAGGAGUAAGUCUUGAGUAAAUCUUAAGGUUUGCUGUACUAUGGAAGUUUUAGUACCUGGCAAAGUCUGGGAAAUUCAAGUAGAGUAAUUCAUGGUAUGAUGUAUGUAUGUAUGGCUAUUUUAACCUUUGAGUUUGCUCUUUUCCUAGAUUACUUCAAAUGCUUUUUCUAUAUUUUAUGCUGCUCUUACUCUCUUAGUACUUUCUAAGUGUAUUACAUUUGCUAUCCUUAAUUUAGUUUUGAAUAUAGAACUAGAUGAGACAUUCUGUUGGUUGUUGUUAUUGUCUGAAGCUUUGAACUU